AUGGCCGUCGAACAGAAGCCUCAGGUAGAGUCUCGUCCGCCGUCCAGACUAAAGAUCGCCCUGGUGGUGCUUUUCCACUCGUCGUGCGCCAUCUGGAGCACCAUCCUCUCCAAGUCGGCUCUCAACGGCGUUGAGGCCCCCGUCACCCUGCUCGCUCUCCAGACCACCAUCCAGGUCCUGCUCCUCACAGUCAUUGGAAGCUUUACAGGAUGGGUUAAGCUGUAUCGCCCUACUUCGGCCUGGGUGGCUCUCCUCCCCCUCACGGUCGCUCGUCUCGUUGGAAUCCUCGCAAAGACCUACUGCCUCGCCUCGGUCAACGCCUCCGUCUACCAGAUCGCUCGUGGUCUCCUCCUCCCGUUCACGCUCUUCCUCUCGCUCCUGGUCCUCCGACCCCGCCCCUAUUACCCGCCGCUGUCGCUGGUCGGCUGCGCCAUGGUCAUGGCCGGCUUCGGCACCGGUAUGAUGGCCGACUACAGCCAGAUGCUCACCUCGGGCAAGGGUGUCCUCCUCGGAGUCGGUUCCAGCUUCACCACCGCCGUCGAAUCCGUCGUCGUCAAGCGCUUCCUCGGCAAGAGCCAGGAGGGUAUGUGGCAGAUGGUCUGGAUGUCCAACUGCAUGGCCGUCCUGUUCUACAUUCCUCUGCUGCCUCUCUCUGGUGAGCUCUCCACCAUGAGCUCCCUCUUCUCCGCCGAGACCUCCGACAUUGGCCGCCAGUUCCUCGGUUCAGCCUGCCUGACUGGUGUCUCGGCCUUCCUCCUCACCAUCGCGACCUUUAUGCAGAUCGAGGUCACCAGCCCGACAACCCACAUGAUUGUCACGGCCGCCCGAGGUGUUGCUCAGAGCUCACUCGCCGUCAUGCUCCUCGGCGAGCUCCUAACCGCCGACCGCGCCGGCAGCAUGGCCCUCAUCUUGAGCGGCAGUGCCCUCUACGGAUGGGCCCGCGACCGAUACCAGCAGUCCAAGAAGCCGGCGGCCGGGAGCUACCAGCUUCUCCCCAACGAGGAGGCGCAGACAGGGAUGGACAGCAAGGAAGCCAAAGAAAUCAAAAACUAA